AUGGAAAAAAGGCAAGGUGGCUUGACUAGCUAUGCCUUUGAUUUGAUGGUACUUUACUUUUUGCAACAGAAAGGGUUAAUGCCGUGCCUUCACGAAAUGCGACCUAUGAUGGCUAAUGAGAAGAAGAAUCCACAUGUGAUCGAUGACUAUUAUGGGAGACGAGAUUUCUACGAGAAUGAUACAGCCAAGAUUGCAGAGAACUUCGGAGAGCUUGAAAAACCAUGGGAUCUUGGGCUGUUGUUUGUGGAAUUUUUACGCUUUUUCGCAUCUCGCGUGCACCAGAACGAAGUUAUCCAAGUUAUCACAAAGAAUAUCAUAACGAGGGAUCAAACUCGCUGGAGUAGGAAACUACUACAGAUUGCCGAUCCUUUUAGGACUGAAAAUGUAGUUACAUUCACUAAAGCCUAUCAGGCAUACUUCUUCAAUUGUUUUCUCAAAUCCUACCUCUAUUUUGCUGUACCACAAACAACUGCUGGUCCAUUGUUGGAUAUUACGUUAUAUCAAAAGUUGGGUGAAAGUCCUCGGAAGAAGAAAGGAAAGAGGAGAAAGGUCCCGCCGACACCUGGGAAUGAAAUCAAAGAAGAGCAAAAGCGAGAAAAUGGUAUUGAGCGACGUACUCCGCUCAGGACUAUGGAGGAGGUCGAGUAUACUGCCGCAGCAGAUGCCUUAGUCGUUGAUGACGAGGAAAGGACAAAGAUUGAAAGCAAAAUUAUGGAAAACUUUUUGGUGAGUUUUUUUUCCAUAUCUUCUUGGUUUCCAGUUUUUCUUGAAAGCGUUUGCUAGGU